GCAGUGCAAUGCAUUAUAAAGUUGAAUGGCGUACAUUAACGUUAAGCCGUUAUAAUAGAAAGAAAACAAAGUAUAGAUCUAAUUGUUUAAGUUAUAAUUGGUGUAAUAAGGAAAAAAUCUCAUUUAAAAUUGCAUUUUUCUACACGACAAUGAAUUAAAUAUCAUUAACAAGAUAAGCAACUAGUGAUUUUAUUUCUCAUUUAUUUUCAAACAAUCUCAGUGAAUCUCUCAUUCGCGUAAAGAAACCAACUUUCCAUUUCGAUAUUUACAUACGUUUAUAUUUAAAUUAUUAAAACGUAAAAUAAUAUAAUAUCGAUCGUUUUAAGAAUUUUUUCUACUGCGUACUAUAUUCAAAUAUUAUUUGCACUUAUAUCAGUCAGUCUUUUUAUUAAAUAGAUAAAAAUAAUUGAUAGUGUUAUGUUAGUUUACGUUAUCCAAUACAAAAUAUACCGUUGAAACAUACGUAAACAAUUAGCAUCUACAUACAAUUACAGAUUUGAUAAAUAUUAAGCUUUGUAUAUAAAGCGUAUCUAAUAAGAAAAUAAGUUAAAUGUUAAUCUCUCUCUACGAUCAAAUAGUAAAAAUGGCGCCAAGUCGAGAUGAUCUACCUAAAAGAAUUGCAGCUCCGGGCUGUAGAUUACCAGCUAAAUUACCAGUUGAUGAAAUUCUCACAGAUAUUACACAAAACAAAUGGAGACUUGGUAACAGUAUUGGAUACGGUGGAUUUGGUGAUAUAUACCUAGCUUCCAAAGACAUAACUUCCCCAGUAAGAGACGAUGCACAAUAUGUUAUUAAAAUUGAACCUCAUAACAAUGGACCUUUGUUUGUUGAAAUGAACUUUUACAUUCGUGCAUCAAGAAAACAUAUGAUUGAAAGUUGGUGUAAAACACAAAGAAAAAGAAGAAUAGGUGUACCUACUUAUGAAGGAUCUGGUUCUCACAUCUAUAAUGGGCAACGUUACAGAUUUUUAGUGAUACCAAGAUAUGGGAUAGAUAUUGGUAAACUGUUUAUAUUAAACAACAGAAAAUUACCAACUAAACUUGUUAAUAAUUUAGCUGUACAAAUGCUAGAUGCAUUAGAAUAUAUUCACAGUCAUGGAUAUGCUCAUGCAGAUAUUAAAGGACCUAAUAUUUUAUUAGCCCCUUAUGACGACUCUGUAGUAAGAGAAAAAUCGCAAGCAUACUUGGUUGAUUAUGGAUUAGCUUACCGCUUUAGGACAACAGCAGGAAUCCAUAAGCCAUUUGUUCAUGAUGAAAGAAGGGCACAUGAAGGAACCUUAGAGUUUACAUCCCGUGAUGCACAUCAUGGAACACAUUCGAGAAGAGGAGAUCUUGAAACAUUAGGAUAUAAUUUAUUACAAUGGGUAUGCGGUAAAUUACCAUGGGAGAAAGAUAAUAAUGAUUUAAUUGUAACAAUUAAUCCAGAAGAAGUUCAUGCUGAAAAGGAAGCUUUAUUAUCUAAUUUACCCCUACUCAUGGAAAAAUGUUUCCCAAAUAAAAAAAAUUAUCCACCUGCCCUUAUGGAAUAUAUGAAGUACAUCACAGAAUUAGGCUUUGAAAGCAAACCAAAUUAUUCUUAUUUAAGAAGUCUAUUUCAACCCGGUACGAAUCAAGAAAGUAAAGUUCCUACGUGUCUGUUCAACAUUCAGGAAUCUAAUGAGAAUACUUGUGCCACGUCGAUUAAGCGACCCUACUUACGAGAACGUAAACCAUGUAGACCAGUAAAUGGCGAGAUUCGGAUAACAAGAAAUACACAAUUGAAAAGUCAACCAAAAAAAUUCUGUUGGGAGGAAGUUUUGGCAUUUCAUCCAGACAGAUUAGCAAAAAUUAGCAUACAAACACCGCCAACUACUUUGACACCGCCACCGUCCCCACCGCCAUCACCGAUUUCAUCACAACCUACUUAUGCGAUGUUAGAUGUUUUACGUAAAAUGAAAGAGAAACAAUCAGCAACAUUUAAACAUAAAUCACGAUCGGCAGACUGUGACCUAAGAACAAAGUGGAUGACUCCAGCGAUGGAAAAAGUUGUAAGCUUGAAAAAAAGACCAACAGAAUCUUUGAGUUCUUCGAUGGUAGAGUCCAUUACAUUCGAUACAUCUGGUACAGCACGCGUAACACGUUCUCGAGUAGCAAAAUUAAAACGUUUAGGAACUAACAACAAAUUUAAUCAAGCAAAAGAGCGCAAAAAAAGAAGUAAAUCUAAGAAUUAUGAUGAUAUAAAUUAAGCUAAUUUGUUCUUUAUCAACCUCUCAACGUCUAUUGUUAACGAACAAUAUAUUUGCCUAUCCGAUUCAUUUUAUCAUCAGACAUAUACUUAAAGUAUUAUAUGAUUUUUUUUUCUCUAUUUCUCAUUUUUUUAUAUAGCUCUUAGAUUUAAAUAAUAAUCAAUAUUCGACGAUCCUAUAAAAAAAGGAUUAAAGUAAAACAUUUGACCUAUUAUUAAACAUCAUUACUGUGUUAUAUAGUUCGCUGUAUAAUGUUAUUGAUAAAAGAAAAGAUACCGAUGUAUUAUCGCAGAGACAAA